UGUGCGGCUAUCAAAUAAUCAAGCCUGAAAUUUUCUUUAACUUUUUAACUGUACCUGCAAUUUACAGAAACGAGAAGUUAAUUUCUGUUCAAUCAGUUUAACUCGAUUAAUCAGUUUAAGACCAUAUAACUUCUGAGUUAGCAUUGUUUUUGAAGUAUUUGCACUCUUUUGAUUUUUUACCGAUGUAUCGUCGAUAAAUUGGAGUUUUCUGUCUGCUUAUUUAUUUUGCUUUUGUUGGUGUGUUUAGGGAAAAAUGACAGAUCGAUUUCAACUAAAUCCGCUUACCUACUGAAUUGAAUUUUGUCUCCAAGAAGUUGCACAUUUAUAUUCUAUAUUGUUUGACAUAAAACAAGUUCAUUAUAAUGGCGGCUGUUGGUCAUCAACCUCAACUGCAGCCCGCAAAGCAAAACAGCAGGCAAAAACAGCCUGUUACGCAGCUUGAAUUUCACCAAGCUAUGGCAGAUUUCAAAGUAAUGUUUCCAGAAAUGGAUGAAGAUGUUAUUGAAGUUGUUUUGAGAGCAAAUAAUGGUGCUGUAGAUGCCACUAUUGAUCAGCUACUAUCCAUGUCCACUGACAAUGAAAAUGAGAAACUUCGAGCCGAGUUAGAUGCAACCGAGAAUGACGAGCUUCCACCUAGUUAUUCUCCAGCUACACCUCCACCAUCUUAUCAUCAAGCUGUUCCUUAUGCUCAUAGUCCUGGGCGUCUAGCUACCGUUCAACUAGGCCGCAAAACGAGUGCAUCUCCAUCUUUAAUUCGGCAUGCUCAGUAUCACAAUCAAAAGCUAUCUCCUUCACCACAUCAACAACAACUUCCAUUAGUGGUGCCCAAGCUAGUGGCAUCUCAAAAAAGUGAAGACAAUGAGAAGAAGUCAGAAACUGAGUCUCCUCAAAGAAGAAAAUGGAAUCCUCCGCUAGUUGGACCUCUUCCAUCAUCUUUCUUGCGUCUGGAAGAUCAAACACAUACUCAUAGGAAGGGAAAAUAUGUGACUGUCUUGAGCACUGCCAUGAUUCAAAAACGUAUUCAAGAAAAUGAAUCAAGAAGAAACACUAUUGGAUCAUCAGAUCCUGAAGUUGCUCAGUAUUUAGAAGAUGAGAGAGUUGCUCUUUUUCUUCAAAAUGAGGAAUUUGUUAGAGAGUUAAUGGCUAAUCAAGAUUUUUUAACUACUUUGGAAAAGGAUUCUAGACCUGAUGAAUUGCCAACUUUUCAGGCAGGGCAGCCAAAUGCUUCUAAAGAAUGUGAGAAAAAUGCCACAGCAAAUAUCCCAAAGUUGGAGGGUCAUUCUGAUUUGCCUGUUGUCCUAACUCCUGAUGAAAAUGAUGCAGCAUUCAGAGAACGAUUAAAAAAUAUGGGGAAAAUGUCAAGAAGAAAAUUUGCCCAACUGGCUAGUAUUUUUUCACGAAGAAAGCGAGCAUUUAAGCCAAUGCUGGGAGAAGGUAGCAAUCCAUCACGAGACAAUUUGCUUCUUCAUGAAGAUGAGUACUCUGAGUUGUCAGAAGAUGAUUCAGAUACUGAUUGGAAUAAGAAGGAUUCCUGGAACAGCCAUCAUGGAGAUCUUGGUGAGAGAUCUUCAACAAUGAAGAAUCACCAUAAAUCAGACCACAGUUGAAAUGAUAAUUCCUUGCAGCAUGAAAUGAAAAGGCAUAUUUUAAAUUCUGAUUACUUAUUGAAAAGCCAAGUUUAGGCAAUUCAUGUUUGUUUAUUCUGUUUAUUUUUUUAGUACAACUGAGCAAAUGCUGAAAGGCUUUGCUGCCAUAUUGUUUUAAUUUUUGUUUGAAUGUCUAUGUAAAUACUUGACUGUGCCAAGGUAUGCGAAAUAUCCAUUUUAUUAGGUGAUAUUUUUGCAUUAUUUUAUUUCAAUUGUUUAUACAACUUAUUUAGAAAUUUAAAUUUGUUCAACAUACUUCAUCAACUUUAUCUGUUGAAGAAUUCUUAACCUUGUUUUUUGAAAAAAUUUAAUGCAGGGUAACCAAAAUCAAUUUUAAAACUUGUUUUAGAGUAUGUGCAAGCAUUGUUGUUAAAUUAACUGAUGUUGUAUAGUGGUUGUUAUUAUGCACUGUGUGAAGAUUUCUGAUGUUUUAAAAUGUUUUGCAACACAUGAACUGCUGAAUAAUAUUCUGACUUAUAAACAGUUUUUUGAAAUUGUGAAAGAUGCGAGAGUUAGCAUAAACAACAAUCUACAAAAUCCAUUGUGUCUUAGCUACAUCACGCACUUGCACAGAACUGCAGCAGCAUUCAUUGUGUUAACUCCUAUAUUUAUAUUCAUAAUCUCUCAUAAUAAGAUUUUUAUUUUUAUUUUAAAUCAUUUAUGCAUUUCUUUUUUCAUAUAUUAAGGAAUAACUCCAAAAAAGUUUAUUUUAAUUGUUUUUAUAUAUAUGAAUUUAUCUUUACAUUUAUCUUAUGAACUGGUUUUUGUAUUUUACAAAUAUGAAUGAAUGCUAGUCUUUUUUAAUCAAUAUUAAUUAUACUGUACAUAUUUUUGUGUUUGGAAUAACGUUUAGUGUUAUUUCAUUCUGACAGCUAUUUUACUUAUUUUGAAAUGAUAAUAUAAGUAUUUAUUGUAAUUUAAUAUUAAUCUUAUUGUCAAUAAAUGAAUCUCAGUGACUUAUAA